AAUUGCGUAGAUUUGAUGAUAUUAUUCUAGCAAAGGUGUUGUGGGAGCCCUGUUGCAUACCCUAUGAUGCGUYACCACUGACCCAAUAGCAUUGCAGUCUCCACAACAAAUACACUGUAGUGCAGAACUCUGACAAGAAGAAAUCUAUCAAAAUGAAUCCUGUUCGUAAACGGCCAGCUUAUUUAUUUGCAAAAGACUUUCAGAUAGAAAAUGUGCUGGGAAAUCURCAGGGCUACAAGAUUGCUAGUGGUCAAUUGGAGAAAAGAGAUCUUGAUAAUGUAACACAGAGAUUUGGUAAUGAUGAAGGGAUUGUGUUUGGAUCUCUAAUUACAAAAGCUGGAGAAAUCAAAGGAAGUGAAUAUGUGGAUGAURAGAAGACAGAAAUUUCAAGCAGUAAAAGGAAAAGAAGAAGAAGAAAACGAAGAAAAAGGAACAAUGAUGAUAAGCCGUUGUCAAAUAUUGGUGUUUGCUCAGUUAGUGAACCUCUAUCCAUUCCAACAUCAAUUUUGGAGUAUGGAUCAAGUGAUGAGGAUCAGUCAAAUACCAAAAGUUCCCAUUCUGAUCAAGAUGACCAGGAAAGUGAAGACAGCAAUUCUGAAGAGGAUGAGUCAGUAGAUUUCUUUGGUUUAGUACCUGAUAAGGUUGGACCAGAAACUUCAGUAAAAACAGAUGCAAAAAUUACACUCAAUGAAAGCACAUUUCAAGAAAAUGAAACUAUACGUUAUUUUGAAAGCUGUAGUCAUCCUUACCCUGAGGCCAGGACUGACAUGGAUGAAUGGGACGAAGAUAAGCAAAGAUACAAAGAGAAUACAAACACACUAUCAACUUAUAAAUGUUGGAAGUGUAAGAGAAUUGGUCACUUAGCAGAAGACUGUACUGUACAAGUAUCAUCAGUUAGUAGAACACAUAAUGAAGAACAAGCCACACCAAGCAUUUUAAGAGAUUACUAUAAAAGAUGUCAGGCUUUUCGUAAUGCCAAGGAUGCCAAGUGUUCAGAGUGUAUUGCAAGAUCCAACCUUGUCUCAUGCUUAGACUGUGGGGUGAUAUUUUGUGAUGGGCGUGGCCAUUUAACAGACCACCUUUUGUCCUAUCCCUCACAUAGCAAGCUAUAUUCAUUUAAACUAAGAAGACUGAUCAAGUGCUGUAAAKCAACAUGUCCUGUUGUGGAUGCUACCAAGUUAUUCAUGUGUUCAACAUGUUUGAGUAAACAAUUCAACAGUCAUUACAACAUGAUCAAUGCUACUUGGUCAAAAUCAGGGCUCAAAGGCAUUCCCAAUACACUGGCCUGUGAACAGCACUUUCAAUGGCAUAGAAUAAACUGCAUUAAUACUAUGGAAGAACCACUACUUUGCCAGGAAAAACUGGAAAAUGCAAAACAGCAAAAUGAUGGUCUACUAAGUGAAUUUUACUUCUAAACUUUUCUUUUAAAACAAUUAUCAAUAAAACAGUACAAAUGACCAUGUUUUUCUUKAAAUAAUAAAUUAUUUUUACAAUGAA